AUGGAAGAACUGAAGAGAAUCGUGUUGGAGAGCGAUAUUAUGUCGGAAGAUGAUGCUUCGUGGCCAGUACCUGAUAGAGUUGGCCGUCAAGAGCUUGAAAUUGUUUGUGGCGAUGAACACAUAUCUUUCACAACUUCGAAAAUAGGAUCUUUGAUUGACAUUACGAAUAGCAAGAUUAAGAACAUAUUACUACCUAGUUCAGGACCUGAAGUGUCUGGUGUUCUCGCUAAUUGGAUUGCACUUCAAAAUAAAGCCAAUAUAAUACGUCCCGUUUCUUAGUAUUUUUUCUGCUUCAGCUUAUCUUUUUGGGCAACUAGGAGCAAGCCACCAAUAAUUUGAACAAAAAGGAUACCCGGUUUGUGUACAGUAGUAUUGUAAUUUCGGGCAAAGUAAAGAUGAACGUAUAACUUCAAUUUCGUGUCAUAGGUUGAAACAUCCUAUAAUUUUAGUAUCGAUACAUGGCUUUCGACACUGUUUUGAUGAGUUCUGGUUUAUGAGGUUCGUUAGUUGGGUUGGAUGUCAGUUAGUCAUCUACAACUUAGGACCAGGCACAUAUAUGCGUCGGUCCAAGUUGUCAUACCUCAUUAGCGCAACAAGAUCAGCACCGAAUUCAUAGCAGUUACUCCAGUAAUGCAAAAAAGUUUACAUGUAAGGAUAUAAUCGAGGCGGAAAGGAGUAUUUGGUAGAAUGGAGGGCAUAAAGUAAUUUUAAUCUCACGGUUUAAGGCAAGACAAAGAGUACGUACACCUACGCCACUGUGGUCGAUCCUGUGCCAUGUCACCCAUUUUCCAACCACUGGUUAUAGUAGUCGAGCUGACCCGAACCAAGUGGUCUGCAUCUAACAACA